GGAGCUAUAAUGACAUUACUUUCUGGUGGUGGAAGUUUCUUUAUCCUGUUUUUGCAAGUACUGGGGGAGAGUAAGCUGACAGGCAAUGUCAACUCGGAGCGGUAUUCGAAUACUGAAUAUCUGAUGGCGUCUACUUGUAAUCAGUUACGCCUUGUUAGCGAGCUGGCUGAAGAGUAACCUCUUAUCAUCCGAGUUAACCGUCAUCUCACCAGCAUGGUCAACAACCAACAGAAAAAGGGGGAGAAGCGGGUUCUGAUCUUGCUAGACAUCACGCUGCUGAAACAUGGUUAUGAUUGUGGACUGUGGCCCAAUGGGAAUUCUGCUGCUGCCCCAAACUCAGGACCUACAGUACAGGCCCCCUACAACGCCUCAGAACAACUCAAGGCUAUGGUGGAAGCCGACGACAGUGUACCCUCGAAAUCAAUGGGGGGCCCCAUUGGAUACCAUGAGGACUCACCUGAUUACGUAGGGGUGGCGGAGGAGACAGCUCAGCCCCUACCAGAAACCAAAUGUGGGCCCGGGAAAGUAUAUUUCUUCAGUAGAUGACCCCAGCUGAAACCGGCAAACAAGAAGUUUUGCAACCUAAACAAUGUUUAUGAGAUGACGUUCACAAGUGACACACAGGUGGUACCUUGUCAGUCUGAGGAUGGACAAGCAUUCCUCCAACUCAAGUUCAACUUUGCUCUCUCUGCUCAGUCUCUCGCUGACACACCCCCGGACACUAUCGUUGACAUUAAUUGUGUUUGCAAAAGUGCUACAGAUUUACAGACCUUGGUAGCCAGAACCACCAAUCGAGAGAGCUAAAGAAGCGAGAGGUCACUUUGGCUUGACCAUUCUCUGACAGCUCCGUGCAUGUGGACACUAUGGGGGACGCAAGCAGAGUGGCGCAAAUUAU